UGCCUCAGCAUCUGUCUCUGGAAAAGCAAAUGAAGGCUCUUGUUAUCAAGCCUAUGCGUAAUCUGAUGGAGAUAUUACCUUCUGGAAAAGAUUGCCUCGUCAUCAUCUUAGAUGGCUUGGAUGAGUGUGGAGAUCUAGAAGCACUCGAACGUCUGAUGGAGCUCGUCCUUAUCCUCGAAGAGCUGCCAGCCACGUUUGCAGUAUUCAUCAGCUGUCAUCCUGAGUCAUUGAUUGUGUCAGCUUGGGAUGAAGCUCGGGGACAGGGCCUUGUCAUACCAUGCGAAGAUGUGGAUAAAAUUACGCAGGAGAAGUAUCACACGAUCCGCUGCAUGGUGGAGGAUGGCCUUCGAGAUCGUAUCAGGAAAUCUCGGUGGAAACCUUCGGAGGAAGAUCUCGAUGCUUUUACUUUGGCUUGUCGUGAAUUGCCUGUUAUGGCAUCAAUCCGAAUUCGUGAAGUCAUCUCGCAGACAUGGCAUGGUCGCACCCUGCAGACAGAGUUCCAGUACCUUCUCAAUCUCUCCGAUCCACCCACCAGUCUCAACUGGGAGUACUUGCGAAUACUUCGAAGGGCCUAUAUGCCUGAUUCAUCUGCAAUGCCUGUCGAUGUAGCAAAGAUGUAUCAUCUAUUGGUUGGCACAAUUAGUUCGGCACAUUCAUCACUGAGAAUUGCCAAGGAUGAGGCCCAAGCCACAUUGGAACCGAUUAGCUCAAUCAUUGAACUUCCUUCGGAGGAUUGGAAAGGUGUUAAAUUCUAUCAUGCCAAAGCGCAAGAAUUUAUAACGGGGAGUCCGAUUGGACAAGAAAGGAUAUUUCUCGGACCGCUACUCCUUCGAAUUUUCAAUAAUUGUUGCAAGCGGAAUGAAUUUAGGAUACCCACUAAUCCUCCUCUUGGUGACAAAGAAAAAUGGGCAGAUUUCAAACCCUAUGGGGAACGACCCGAACACAUCCGAUACGUCAAUCGCUACAUACUCCUCCAUCUGGACCCUGCACGACUCUUUUCCCAAGAGUCCAAUGACAAUUAUGAAUUGCAGAAUGAGUUCAAUUCCUUCCUUACACAAAACUUCCUUACAUACCUGCACCUGGGAGGGGACCCUUGGGUGCGACCAGGAUUUGAUGAAUUCAAUAUAAACUAUAUGGCCACCUCUCUGACCCUCUCCAGCAAGAUUUCGAACCACUUGAUUCCAUUGAGCGAGGCUUUGCUUAAUGCCCAAAUGCUUAUGGAGGCGAAAUCAGAUCAAUUGCCAACGAAGAUUGAUGAGUGGGAUGAUGAAGUGAUCAAUUAUGAAGCUGAAUUCCGUGAACCUGAUGUCCGUAAUGGCAUUGUGACGUGCACAGCACUCUCUCGAGAUGGCCGAUACAUUGCACUCGGGUUUGGUAGUGGUGUUAUUGAGAUCGCUGAUAUCGACGAUCAGCAUACGAUGUCUCAGUUCCAGAAUCAUCCACCCAAUCCACCAGCCUGGAUCGAGUUUGUCCAUGGUCAUCAUCAUGUCGCUGCCGAGGAUGUCGACGGGAACAUCACUAUCUAUAGCCAUGGUACACUGCCUGUGAAACUUGGCAUUCUCCCCAUAGGGACCUAUCCCAUUGUAACUGCAGUCUCAGAUAGUGGAUUGUUCAUCAUACGAGUCCUACGGGAUCCUGGAAAGCCUUGGUACAACAACGUGGCGUGUAUAUACAUUUCAGGCGACCCGCACAUUCAGCUCCUUGCCUCUCCUCCCGACUCUCCCAUUCAAUCCUUCCGAUCCAAUUCCGAGUCAGCCUUUCCUGAGCGUCACAUGGUUGCGUUUUCUCCGGGGGCACGAUACAUUGCUGCCUUCGAUGAGCACAGCGCUUUCACCUGGUCGACGGAAUCGGGUGAUUUUAUUGCGCGUUAUAAUGUGCGGGGAGACAAAUCUUGGAUUAUAAAUACUGGCAUGGCCCCUACCUGCCCGUAUCACAUCCCCCAUCCGGUAUCUACUCGACCCACUCUUCCGUUGGCGGGUGACACAGUUUAUGCACAUCAUUCCUGGGUGGAUGCAGGACCUGAGUUGGACGAGACUUGGAUCAAGCGUCCAUUUUUCCAUCAGUUGCCGGACCAUGCGUCACGAAAACCGGCAGACGCUCCUAUCAGCUCUUGA